GUUCAGCCCGCGGUCUUCGUCGGUCGCUCGAUUCGUCCAAUGGCCUACUUGCGACCACCUUUGUCGCAAAAGCGUCGAAUCUUGACUGAAUAAUUGAAGAAAAAAAACAAAAAUAAGGAUCACCCUGAUUCGAUGUAACUAUUAACAAGAAUUCGGUGAAAACACUCGCCAAGUGACGAAACUGAAGUGUUCCUCGCUUUGUGUAUCGUCGAUAACUAUGCAAUCUAACAUUAAAGUCACGGACGGGCGAAUUUAGGGUCGUCGAGAGUCGGCGAGGAGCUAACAAAGAUGAAAGGAGCGUAGCUAGCAUGAUUUUCCCCGCCUCCAGAGGGAUCACACUUUUCUUCCUGAUCCUCCAGGGUAUCGACACCGUCACCGUCGUGGAUCAUCAUCCCGACGACGAGUACAUCCUGGAGCACGAAGUCCUUUACGAAGAUGCCAUCGCCGAGGCGAAAAGGCUCAAACUUUAUCCAGGGCCGAUUCCUGGAUGUAAGGCGUGCACCGGAUCCGAGAUGGCCUACUGCAAGGAUGACAGUGUUCUUAACGACCAUUGUUGCUGCGACGGAGGAUACAACGAGGUCUUUCCGUUCGUGCAACACACGUGCCGUGUGGGACCGGAAGCUUGUAAAGUCCUGGCUGGAGAUUGCGCAGAAUACACGAGACUGCGGGAGUGCUGCUGCCAUGCGUACCUGGGAUCUGUCUGGAAGUACCUCGCCAGCGAUGCAUCGAUCAACAGGAUAAAUCCGUUGAUCAUUCUGCCGAUCUUAGUGGUGCUUAGGCUGAUUAAGAGGGUUCCCUAAUGGUCUCAAGUGUGCACCAAAUAUUUUGUAUAGUUCAAGCGUAAUAAAUUAUUUUUUCAAACCGA